AUGGCAGCAUACAAGCCCCAGCACAAGCGCAAGGGCCGCAAGAAGGCCCGUCGCCACCACCGUGGUGGCCGGAAGGGUAGACAAGGAGCCCGCCGCGUCGCCCCACCCACCACCCCCCUUUACUUCAGCGGAGGCUGCCCCGCCACCCCUCCCGCUCCUCCUUGUCUGCCUUGGUGUGGAGCCUGGCCUGCUUUCGAGAUUAGGGCAGGAGGAACUCACCCAGGGCCGCUGUGA